GCCAAAAGUCAAUGGACAAGCGCAAGAAAGAGAAACGCGCAUUACAAGCGUUGGGUAUGUUUAAUUAGUGAAAAUGCGGUACGAAGAUGCGGCGUCGUUGUCCUCAGCAGUACUCACAUAAAUGACUCAAAACAAAAGAAAUAAAAAUUAUAGAGGCAAGGAAGGUUAGAAGAAAAUAGUGGAUAGGAAUUCUUCUCAUAUUUCAAUGACAACACGAACAGAAACGCAUCUAAGGCACACUUGGCCCGCACUGUUGCUAAUUUGGGCCUGCAGUGUUGCGAUGACAGCCAGUCAGGGGCUGCGUUUGCCCGAUCAGCAACCUCAACAACAGCAGCAACAGCAACAACAAAAUGUUCAACAGGUUUUCGUUCCGCAGCCACAACAAUUGCAUCCACAACAGCAACAGCAGCAGCAGUCGCCUGCUGUAAGUUAUGGACAGGAGCGUGGUUUGGGUUCAGCUUUCCUGAGUUUAAUUGGCCUGCAGCAGGAUAAUGACCCCUAUUUGGCGCGCACAAAUCAAAAUUGCGUGAGUGGCGAUUUAUCCGAGUGCUUUAAAACACAAGCGCUGGGCAGUUUCGAUGAAAUUUUCUAUCGCGACCAAUAUGCUUUGUCUGAUUUCGCCCGCGUCAUUCGUUUGCCCGAAACGCAGCAACGCUCCCUCUUGCAAGAGCCAUUCGAGUAUUCCCAGGAACCGCGCAACGAGGAUAGCGAUUGGGACCAAUUGGUAAAAUACGCAUUGAGACGUGCUGAACGCUUUGUCAAGUCCACAGCAUUGGAAAUCGACGUGCCUGAGGAGCUCACCGAGGCGGGGCGAUAUUCAGCACGUUUCAUUGGUAACGACAUUGACAGCGAAUUGGACGUCAUUGAGGAUAAGCAUGCGCCCGUCUUCAGUAAGUCGCGCUCCAAAACAUCUCGCAAGAAGUUGAAGAAGAUGAUCAUCCCAUUGUUGUUGGUAUUGAAAAUUUUUAAGCUGAAAUUGUUGCUCUUUUUGCCCUUCAUCCUUGGCAUUGCUGGUUUGAAAAAAAUACUUGGCUUGGCUGCUAUCAUACUGCCCGGUUUGUUUGCCUACUUCAAAUUGUGUCGUCCACAAGGUGGCCCAGGUUUUGGCGGUGGCGCCUUCUCUGGCCUCUUUGGCAGCAAAAACACCUUUCCCGAAUACUCUCCACAAGGCGUCGGCUCAGCCACUUACUACCAUCAUCAUGAUCAUUACGAAGGUGCUGGCGCUGGACAUGGUCAAUUCUAUCGCCAGGAUCCUUCCUUUUCGAAACCAUACACAGAUUACUACAGCAAAAAUUACCAAACUGUUGGCAACAGCGGUAAUUCUGUAAGCUUUGGUGAUGCUCACGAAGCCGCCUACUCGGGAUAUUAUGGCCGCAACACUGGCAAGGAUAUACAGAGUGAGCAGAAGAGUUAGACUGCGACGAAAGUCGGCCGAGUGCAGCCAUAUCCCUUUGCCAUCCCAGUGACAUCACUCUUUGAAGUUAUGCUCAUGUUUAUGUUUUCUUCUAUGAGUUAAGUUUUUGUUGUUUGCAGUGAUUUUGUUAUAUGCCAGUGCGUGGUUUGCGUGGUUUCAUCGACAGUUGAUUUGUAAAUAUUUUAGUUGCUCAAUCACUACGUAACUUUAGUGUUGGGCUCUCAUCCAUUGUCCUAGCUAAAUUAUUUAUUAUACCUAUACAUAUGUAUUGAAUGUAUUUUAUAUAAAUAAAUUAUAAACUAUUUUCAUAAAUUGAAUUACCAUUUAA